GCGGCGACGGCGGCGACUGGCGGUGGGGCGGGGGCGGGGACUAAGGAUUGUGAGGUGGGGAAUCGCGAGUUUCUGGAUUCUUUAUCCGGUAUUUUAAGUGCCGCGGGGGAACUGUCGUUUCUGCAGUGUUUGGGAGAGGCCAGGGCGGGAGAAGCGGUGGCCGCCGUGGCGCGGAGGUUCAUUGUCCGGGGCCCUGUAAAUUAAACUGACAAAAGACAGAUUAACAGGAGAAAUGGUUUAUUACUUAUGCAUAUGGAGACCUUCAAAGAAAAGAGUUGAAGACCAAAGAAGCAGAGAGACUGAAUGAUAAAUUGUGGAAUCCAGACAAGACAAAGGAAAAGAGGCUUUUAGAGGCUGUAAAUUGUGGGAAGAGUAAGAAAGUUAGUCUGAGUUCUGUGAAAAAUCAGAGAAGAACUAAGGAUAGUAGACAAGGACUUUCCAAUUUGCAUAAUAUUUCCUUCAUGGAUACAUUUUCAUAGCGUUAUUAUGUGAUGUGAGAAGUUUUUUUUUUUUGAAGUAACAUGGAUUUUAUACUACAGAAUCAAGAGAUUGGCUUUAUAGGAAAAAUUGAAUUAUAAAAAGUGGUACGGGUUUUUAUAGAUAACCAUGACAACAUCCCAUAUGAAUGGGCAUGUUACUGAGGAAUCAGACAACGAAGUAAAAAAUGUUGAUCUUGCAUCACCAGAGGAACAUCAGAAGCACCGAGAGAUGGCUGUUGACUGCCCUGGAGAUUUGGGCACCAGGAUGAUGCCAGUACGUCGAAGUGCACAGUUGGAACGUAUUCGGCAACAACAGGAGGACAUGAGGCGUAGGCGAGAGGAAGAAGGGAAAAAACAAGAACUUGACCUUAAUUCUUCCAUGAGACUUAAGAAACUAGCCCAGAUUCCUCCAAAAACUGGAAUAGAUAACCCUAUAUUUGAUACAGAGGAAGGAAUUAUCUUAGAAAGUCCUCAUUAUGCUGUGAAAAUAUUAGAAGUGGAAGACCUGUUUUCUUCACUUAAACAUAUCCAACAUACUUUGGUAGAUUCUCAGAGCCAGGAGGAUAUUUCACUGCUUUUACAACUUGUACAAAAUAAAGAUUUCCAGAAUGCAUUUAAGAUAUACAACGCUGUCACAGUACACAUGAACAAGGCCAGUCCUCCAUUUCCUCUUAUCUCCAAUGCGCAAGACCUUGCACAAGAGGUACAAAGUGUUUUGAAGCCAAUCCACCAGAAGGAAGGACAAGAAUUAACUGCUUUGCUGAAUGCUCCACAUAUUCAGGCACUUUUACUGGCCCAUGAUAAGGUUGCUGAGCAGGAAAUGCAGCUAGAGCCCAUUACAGAUGAGAGAGUUUAUGAAAGCAUUGGCCAAUAUGGAGGAGAAACUGUAAAAAUAGUUCGUAUAGAAAAGGCUCGAGAUAUUCCAUUGGGUGCUACAGUUCGUAAUGAAAUGGAUUCUGUCAUCAUUAGUCGGAUAGUAAAAGGAGGUGCUGCAGAAAAAAGUGGUCUGUUACAUGAAGGGGAUGAAGUUCUGGAGAUCAAUGGCAUUGAAAUUCGGGGGAAAGAUGUCAAUGAGGUUUUUGACUUGUUGUCUGAUAUGCAUGGUACUUUGACAUUUGUUCUGAUUCCCAGUCAACAGAUCAAGCCUCCUCCUGCUAAGGAAACAGUAAUCCAUGUAAAGGCUCAUUUUGACUAUGACCCCUCAGAUGACCCUUAUGUUCCAUGUCGAGAGUUAGGUCUGUCUUUUCAAAAAGGGGAUAUACUUCAUGUAAUCAGUCAAGAAGAUCCAAAUUGGUGGCAGGCCUACAGGGAAGGGGAUGAAGAUAAUCAGCCUCUAGCUGGGCUUGUUCCAGGGAAAAGCUUUCAGCAGCAAAGGGAAGCCAUGAAGCAAACCAUAGAAGAAGAUAAGGAGCCAGAAAAAUCAGGAAAACUAUGGUGUGCAAAGAAGAAUAAAAAGAAGAGGAAAAAGGUUUUAUAUAAUGCCAAUAAAAAUGAUGAUUAUGACAAUGAAGAGAUCUUAACUUAUGAGGAAAUGUCACUUUAUCAUCAGCCAGCAAAUAGGAAAAGACCUGUCAUUUUGAUUGGUCCACAGAACUGUGGCCAGAAUGAAUUGCGUCAGAGGCUCAUGAACAAAGAGAAAGACCGCUUUGCAUCUGCAGUUCCUCAUACAACUCGGAGUCGGCGAGACCAUGAAGUAGCCGGUAGAGAUUACCACUUUGUUUCACGGCAGGCAUUUGAGGCAGACGUAGCAGCUGGAAAGUUCAUUGAGCAUGGUGAAUUUGAGAAAAAUUUGUAUGGAACCAGCAUAGAUUCUGUACGGCAAGUGAUCAACUCGGGCAAAAUAUGUCUUUUAAGUCUUCGUACACAGUCAUUGAAGACUCUCCGGAACUCAGACUUGAAACCAUAUAUUAUCUUCAUUGCACCCCCUUCACAAGAAAGACUUCGGGCAUUAUUGGCCAAAGAGGGCAAGAAUCCAAAGCCUGAAGAGUUGAGAGAAAUCAUUGAGAAGACUAGAGAGAUGGAGCAGAACAAUGGCCACUACUUUGACACAGCAAUUGUGAACUCGGAUCUUGAUAAAGCCUAUCAGGAAUUGCUUAGGUUGAUUAACAAACUUGAUACUGAACCUCAGUGGGUGCCAUCCACUUGGCUGAGGUGAAGGAAACAUCCAUUCUGUGGCAUGAUUGGACUUGAUCUGGCAAACUGCCAAUAGGAAGAUAGCCCUGAUACUUGAGCAAGUCUCUGAGAAGGUGGCAGGCAGUAUAAAUUGUAGACCUGUUCUUAGAUCUUGAACUAGUGAGAAGAAAAUCCCCUUAGGCAAUUCAUUAACAGCAUUCUUUAUUCUCUGUACAUGGGCUUUAGAGGUUCUUGCCUCAUUUGGGGAUUUUAAAUGGAAGUUUUCAACAGAGCAGUUCCAUUUUAUCCACAUAAAAACCUUUUAAUUCUGUUUUCACCUAACCAAGUCUUUUCUGCCUAGUCAUAUUUCCAUGAAAAACUUUUGUGUGUAUACACAAUGGUCCAUGUCUCACAUAGUAAUAAAUAUUGAUGUUAUUUAACAGUUAACUUAAAUGACUUCAUGGGAAUUUGUGGGUGAAGGGAAACUGCUUCUGUGCACUGGGCAAGACAACAGUAUUUGGUUAGUCACCAGAACUACUUUAAAAAAAAAUGGUGCCACUUUGGUCUGGAGCUACUCUGUUAGGCUUGAAUUCAUUUGUAUGUCUUUUAAUUCAUAAAAACAUUCCGUUAGAAGCACCAAUUUUUUAGCUCAAACUUGUGGAUCAGACUUCACUGCACACGUGAAAGGUUUAUGCAAAGGUCACACCUGUUUUAGACUCUGAUCUAAAACAUGUACAACAUAUGCUGAUCUUUUUAAAGGUAUAAUGAUUUUCUGAAUUUUUUUCUUUAAUUGUUGCAACUGAUUGGGUAACUUUUACUUCCUUUUCCUGAUCUGCAUAGUACAAUAGAAUGUAUAAGUUACAUUUUUAUGAAUGGCAGAUACUGAUGUAAACUCUGACUGUUAAGCUUCUUCCUCAUGAUGCAAAUAGUUUUUUACAUGCAUAAAAGGACAUAGCACAUUUGACAGUUUUUUCAUUUUUAUAUAUGAGCACAGUAUAAUUUGAUGACUGUGCCAUAUAUGUAGGUAAUAAACUGGAAUUCUGUGAUCAAUAUAGUUGCUGUACUGUAUACUAAUAUUUAAUAGAUUGACAAAUGGUCAUUGAUUACACUUGUUCAGCAUUGGAAUAAAAUUAUAUGAGGGAAAUGAUAUGACAAUUGACUUUGAGAUCAGAAGGAAAAGAUGACCUGAAAGUCAUUUGAACAUUUUAGGAAAAGAACAUUGCAGGGGAAAAGUUAAGCAUAUAGAAAUAGGUUUUUAUCCUGAUAAGGUCUGCCUCUUAUGAUCAGAAUGCAACAAGCUAAAUCAUAAAACAUUUAAGCUAAUGAAACUUUCAUACUGUCUCUAUAGCUUGUAGCUUUAAAAUUCAACUUCUGUAAUUGGCAUGGAAAGUUAAUUUGUAGUAUUUUCAAGGCUUAAGGGAUGGUGUGAUGUGUGACAAACAACCUCAAAUGUGAAUGUCUUGAUUUUAUUUAUAUGGUGACUUUAGCUACAAUUCCUGUUCCCAAAGCUAAACACUGGAAUGAUACUGAAUUGUCACUUAAUUUAACCUAAGCAACUGUUUUUAAUGAGUAGUUUGUCUCAGUGUCAUGUACAUACUUGAGUUUUUCUCCUUUGCAUAAUAUUAUUUGAACAAAUUGUAGACAGUUUAUAUGCUGCCUUUUUUUGUUGAAAUUCACGUGGCCUCAAAGUUGGCUGUGGAAUAUAUCUUGUGUGGAAAUACUUUCAAGAUAAUGUUCCUUAGGAAGAAAGUAACAUUCCUAGGUUGAGGUAAGGAAUGCCAUACAUACUGUCUCUUCAGGUCUGAAACACUCCAGUUUAUGGCAGGAAAAUGCAAAGGUCACAGUGAUUUUCAGCACUGAAAACAAGGCACCGUAAGUACUUAAUCUUUUCAGUUUUCCAGUAUACUUUCUCUUUAGGAACGAAAGGUAGUCUGUGGUAGACAGUGGAGUUUUGUGAGCUGCUUAUCAUAACUGACAACUAUUUUCAACCCUACGAUCUAAAACGUUUGCAGUUUGAGUCAAGUUAGAAUGAGAUUUCAGGCGGUGUCAGUAAGUGGCUGCUGCGCUAGUCCCUGAGUGAGUUACCUGUAGACACAGGGCCAACACUAGGGCCAUGUGCUAUGCAGACUCAGGCAUGGCUUUAACAAGCAAGUCCAAGUCCCCUACCGAGGCACAUGCUCUGCCGUAGUAUACUUCUUAAAAAUCUAAGCUGAUGAGGUCUUUGGGGAUCAUUUAAGUCCUAUAUAUUUUUCUUCCUCAUCAGCAGUGGUAGAGGGAUAGAAAUGUUUAUAUCCCAACUUUCCUCAGUCCUGGUGAUAUGGAUGUGCUCAUAUUCGACAUAGUCCCUACAAAGUGAAAAUUGAGUUGUUGCUGACUUCCUUGAAAGAAAAUGGAAAAAAGCCUUGCUCUCCACCUAGUUGUGCCCUACACCGCUCUGGCCAAUUCCAUUUCCUGUCCCUCUGUGGUUCUGAUUGGAGACCCCAGUGUGGAGGGAGGUCUUAACCACUUAUAGGAAUGAUACCAAUCGCUAAUGAAAUGUACAUUAGUUCAAGUAAGGAAAUAAUCUUCCUUUACUAAAUUUCCUUAAGUCAGAACAAACAGAAAGGAGAAUAGUGUUUAGAUUAAUCCAGAUUUGCUUUCUAUGAAAAUCUAAUGUCUGGAUUUUUUUUUUCCUUUUCUCAUGGCCUAAGGAAUAAUUUGAAUGUAAUUCUGUGAAUGUGUGUGGAAAAUUUAAACCAGGGAUUUAGCCUUAAUAAAGGUAACCUUUCUGACAUCUAUUGUUAAUUCUCCUUUGUACUCUUAUCCUGCCUGUAUCUGCACUCUGUUGUUUUGAGAUGUAACACUGCACAUUGUAAUGUAAAAAUAAAAAGUAAAAUUAUAUUUCAAAUUUAAAAAGUCACUGAAUACUUUCUCUUG